CAGCAAGUGAUUCAAAAGAAAACAACUUUUAGAAUGUCACACAAAUAAAGGAUGAACAUUCUAUUUAUGCUCAGAACUCUUGGUCAGUUGGCAGUUGGCAGUUGGUUUAACAGUUUGCACCAGGUCAGUCUCAGAAACCUACAGAAGAACAACACCGAGCAAAAUAACCAAUAACCGAUAAGUGUUAUCGAAUUGAAUCAUCAGUGAUCACUGCAGCCCAGAAAUCUCCAAAAGAUGGAUCUCUUGGCCAACUUCGACCAUGUUAUAGGUGCGAUGGAGUGGGAGGAGGUGGUACAAAUUCUCCAUGAGAUUAUAGCUGCAAAUCUGGCAGACACACACCCUUCAUCUCACCUGGCUCCUCCUGUCCCCACUGCUAAGCCACUGACCACCCCUAAGUCAAACAAGAGAAGGCGUGGGGACCAACAGGAGGACGGUCAACCUUAUGUCAAGAAGCCGCCAAACGCUUUUAUGCUGUUCAAAAAAGAACAAGCACCAAAUGUUGCUGCUGAGCUGAGCAACAGUAAUAGUGCACAAGUAAAUGUCAUUCUGGGAAAGAGGUGGAAGGCACUGUCCAAAGAGGAACAGUCCAAGUAUUAUGAGGAAGCUCACAUGAAGAAUCUGCUCCACAUAAUGGAACACCCCGACUGGUCCUCCAGGGACAAUUACGGCAAAAAGAGAAAGAGAGUGAGGAGGAGGAGGGCUCCCAAGCCUCAAGGAGCUGGGGUCUCCAGCAGAUGUGAAGAGCAGCCCACUAGCAUUAAUCUCACUACAGCUGGGAUAGACCCCCACAUUCACCAACAACACGUUUGGCUUGAUUCAUGAGCACUCAGACUGGAGUGUAUUUCAACAGCCAAAACGUUUCUGUAUUAAACUUGAUAUAAGAUGAACCAAAAGCCAGACUCUGGGUUUUUUUAAACAAAGAAAAUACAUUCUGAAGUUGGUCACAAUAAGCUGCUGCUUUCAUUUACUGAGGACAGAUUUUCUGACUGAUUGCUUUAAUAAAAUGAGUAGCCCCACUGUAACUUUCACAGCAGGGUGGUAUUCAUAGCAGUUCAUUUAUACAGACCACCCUUGAUCAAAAUGGUUGACUUUCCUCCAACACAGGUCAUUUUGUUGAACUCCAGCAAUCUUGGAGCAGACCUCCACAAUAUUACAUAAGCAGUUUGUGCCUUUGUACAAACACAUAAAUAAAAAGGUUAAGACUCAGGUGAUAAAAUGACCUUGCAGACCCCAAUAGCAUCCUCAGCAUGCACAGUGCUGACUGUCGGUUUGACACCACCCUUCCUAAAACCUACAAGUUCCUUUGUUUCAGGCACAUUUAAGUCAUCUGACCAUUUAACAAAUUCAGCAAGACUGGUGGCCCCAAAGAAGAGACAAGAAGAUGGUGUCAUCAGAGAACAUGACAAGAAAACUAGCUUCCUGAGAAGUCCUGCCGCUGUCUGUAUAAAUUUAAAAUGAGCAGUAAAAUCUGAUCAGGUAACUACCCAGAAAUAACUCACCCCGGCACAAGGAGAAGAUACAAACUCCACAUGGAAAGACCCCGGUUGUCAUCAGGGUUUGUCCGUCUUGCUGUGAGGUGACAGUGUUCACCACUGAAUUACCGUCCUGCCUUUUCUCUGCAGUUUCUUUAUAGUUUAUAAAUGACUUUUUUUGUAAUCACAUAGCCCCUGGAGUGGAUGACUUAUGCUCCCAUGCAUGGUGAUUUGUUUUAAAAUAGCUUGACGUAGCUCAGUUAAUAGACUGGGAUCCCCAGUGCAGUUCCCCUCAAAGGCCGUGACUUGCUGUAUACCUUUCAAAAGGGACUGUUUAAUACGGGUGGUCUUGUGUUAACCUUUUCUUGUACAUACACACUCCCAAAAACCAUAUCACAGUUGACCCUGACUCCCUUAUGUGCAGUCAAAAUGUGGUCACAGCUCUCAUGUCGGUCUGUUUUGUAAUCUGAUACCAGUUCCCACCAUAUGCUUCUUUGUGUCAUUUUGGUUCCUUCCCCCCAUUUUUUUUUCAUAGAAACCUCUCUGGCAUUAAAAAAACCUCCGUUAAUGUAUCAAAUAAUAAAAAAGAUUCACUAAGGCAUUUGAAAAAAAUCUGAUUUGUUAAAGCCUCAUCUCUAAAGCAGAGGUUAAGUGGCUUAUUUGCCAAAUCACUGUGAAUCCGUUGCUUCUCACAAUGCGAUAGAGCAUCAGUCCAAAAGUAUCUGCACUGCUACUUGCUUUUAAACCAUCACAGGAUUUUUGAACACUGUGUUAAACUGUUCCUGUAUGCUGUAAGUCUACGCACAGUGUGUAUCUAUGUUAUGUGUGCUC